AUGGCCAGAAGAGAGGUUAAAUUGAAGAUAAAUGUAGAAGGACUGAUACAAGCAGCCCAAUCUAUUGCUAGUAAGUAUGAUGAAGAUUUUUAUGAUGCAAAAUGUAAAAGUGUGAGAGAUUUAGCCAUACUAAAAGAUAUAUUUGAGGGCAACAAUCUAGAAAUAGAAAGCGAGCACAGUGAUGAGGAAAAGAAAGAUAUUUUAGGCAUAAUUAAGAAUGAUAUGUAUCAAUUCUCUUUAGAAAACGGAUAUCAUCAGCGAAUUAUGUCGUCUUUAUGCGAUGCAUUAAGAGAUAAAAAACAUAAAGAAAUCGAAUCACAUGCUUUCUGUCUAAUUAAUCAGUUUACAAGACCAAGACCGUAUAUAUACAGAACAGAGCACGGCAUCUAUAGAAAGAAAAGUAUAGAAGAGCCACUAGAGCUUACAUUUCCUAAUGAGGAAAAUCCUGAUAAAAGCGCCAGAAUAUGCAGUAUACUGGUCAAUGAUGCAAAUCUGAAAAAUACACUCCAUCUUACCGAAGAGAAUCUCAACAAAAAUAAUUUUAGUAAUGUUGGAUUUUUAUUGUAUAAAGUGAAAAUCGAUGAUUUAAAAGAGUUUGCAUUUUUAAGAAAAGUCUACACUUUAGAUGACUUAUACAGCCUAAAUGAAAACAAUAUGCCAUUGGUAGACUACGGGCUGAAGCUCAUUUCUGACAAGCGCUAUGAUAUUGAAGUUUUAACCAAGAAAAUUAGAGGAAUGAAAGCCAGCUAUAAACACCCAAUAGAGAUAAAAAGAGAAAUUAACAAGGUAUUUCCUCAGAAGGAUCUAGAAAUCGUCAUUUCUAUUUUUAAUAAUAUGGAGGAAAUUGGAUAUGAGAAAAAUUUAUAUGAUUAUAUAACCAAUGCAUUGGAAUACAUAGCAACUAAAACCUUGCUCUUAAGAGAAAGCGACACUGGGCUAAACAUCCUGCGGUUAAAAACAGAUUUGAGCAAUUUUUAUGAGGACUAUACAAAUAAUAAUAGUAUAUGCUUGUAUAAAAUAUUACUAGGUAUGCUAGAUAAAUAUUUCAAAGAAAAGAAAGAGGGAAGAAGAUCUCGUGAUAUAGCAAUUGAAGAGUGCAGUAAAAAAACAAAGAAUUUACAAAGCUGGAUGGAAGAGAACAAGAGCAAGCUUGACUCUGAGACAUACGAUGAAAUAGUAAAAGAGAAAAACGAAGAGAUAGAAGAAUUAAACUCUUUUAUCAAUAAUCUGAAAAAGAAGUUAUGGGUAUUAGACCGUGAAUAUGACAAAGCAAACGAACAGAAAGAGAAAAUUAGACAUUUUAAAGAUAAAAUAACACUCUUAUCUAAGACGAGCCCAGACCAGAAAAAGCAUCUGCUCAAGAAGAUAAAAGAAGUUGGAGAAUUAUUGAAUUUCGAAGUACUAGAAGAAGUAGUAGAGCUAGUGGAAGCCAAAAAAGAGCCUAAAAAUGUUCCUUCAGCAGAUGACCUACGCCGAGAACGUUUAAUUAGAAAUGUGUUUGGAGGCUUUUUGGCUAUAGGAGGACUAACAGCAGCAUAUCUUAAUCAUCGUUCAGAGAAUGAAGCAAUGGAUAUUGAUAAUAGUGACAACGCAUUGAACAGUGAUCAAGAAUCUUAUAGAGGAGAGCCGCCAACUAAGAAAUAUAAAUAG